AAGGCGCCAUCUUUCGUUCUCCCCACCCCGCCCUCGCCAACACGCCGAGUUGCUCCGAAAGAUUGUCAAAACUCCAUCUUCACUCGCAUACUACUCGUCAUAGUUUCCUAUAACCAAGAAUUAAUUACAAUUCAAUUAACCAUGAGACAUUAGUGGCACUUAAUUCCACUCGGCCAAGCAUUGAAGACAGUGAUUUCCGGAGAAAUCCUUCUGGCGCUUGAAAAACCCCUUCCAACAGUGUGAAAACCCCGAGUUUUUUUAGGGAAAAAAGGAGGAAGGGAAGAAAUUGUGCAUCUGCAUUUGAGGAGGACGGACUCUCGGUACAGAACAGUGUAGUGUGACAAGUGUGCCGAUGUGGGCGUCAUGCACGAUUCUCUCAAUAGCGAUAAUGAAUGGUGAUGUUGUACAUUAAUAUGGCGAUGCACAUGAUUUUCGGAGGCAUCAGAUUCACGUGAAGAAUUCGCCGCGAGAGAAUCUUCGGUUGAGUGAGUGAUAAAGGAGAGAGAACUGUUACGCCCUGAGAGGAGCCCAUUAUCUGCCCUCCAGCAGUUUUUUGGAUUUUUUUUUGUCAUCGGAAUUCGUGGAAUCGGUGGUGACUGAUAGUGGAGCACUCGGGGAAGAUGGCUAGGGAAUAUGAUCAUCUGUUCAAACUACUCAUCAUUGGGGACAGUGGCGUUGGAAAAAGCUCUCUCCUCCUCAGAUUCGCCGACAACACCUUCAACGGAAGCUACAUAACAACCAUAGGUGUUGAUUUUAAAAUACGAACAGUUGAAGUUGACGGUGAGCGUGUGAAACUCCAAAUUUGGGACACAGCCGGCCAGGAGCGUUUUCGUACGAUAACAUCGACGUACUAUCGCGGUACCCAUGGUGUUAUUGUUGUGUACGACGUAACAAGUGGUGAUUCAUUUGCCAAUGUCAAGAGAUGGCUCCACGAAAUCGAGCACAAUUGCGAUAUUGUUAAUAGGGUUUUAGUUGGUAAUAAAAAUGACGCGCCAAAUCAUAAAGUUGUACUGACUGAGGAUGCACAGCGUUUUGCCAAUCAAAUGGGAAUACAGCUGUUUGAGACGUCAGCGAAAGAUAACAUUAAUGUUGAAGAGAUGUUCAUGGCAAUAACUCGUCAAGUUCUCCGCACGAAAAAAGAGCGAAAAGAGCGCCAGGCUAUCCAGACAAACGAAACAGUGAAUUUGCGGAAAAGUACGAAGCAACAUAGAAAAAAGUGUUGUUAGCAUUUUCCCCAGUCUCCACUCCCACCAAUGCCAACAGAUGAGAACAAACACAAGUGUUUGAAUAAUUCGAUGUCAGGACAUCCUAUGUUAAUAUAAGAGCCACAAGUCAAGUAGGUGAGAUGAUAAUGAACUUGAGCGUGUGUAUCGAGUUCUCAAGCUCCCCUGGAGAAAUAUUAUUUCAUGUUGAAAAACGAGGAAACAAUAAUACGAAUUAACAUGGCACAAUUCUUGGCGCCUGCCAGUUGCUCUUUUUCAAUGCAUAGCAGAUUUACAGGGGUCACGUGAUUCUCAGCGAAUGAGUCUGAAUAAAACAGAGCAUGCAACCCCAUUUAUGAAUUAUUCAACGAAAUCUGUAAUUGUCGAGCUAUACAAAAAAUCGGAUUACACACAUAGACGUAAUUUAAUAAAUAAAACAUUCAGUUGCUAUUUGUAAAGUGUUAUAAACAAUUGUUUUUUUAAUAAAUAAAAUUAUUUAAGAUGAA